AUGAAAGUUAAUGAAGUUUGUCUAAAACUAAUCUAACAAUUACGAAAAGAUAUAUCACGAACAUAUUCAACGGAAUUAGAAGAAAAAGAACGUGCACAUAGCAAAGAAUUAGCUGCUGUUCGUCUACAAUUAGAUCGUGCUCUUGAAUUAACUAAAAUAAAAGAGCGUGAAGCUGAUUUACGUAUUGAAGAUCUUACUAGUGAUCUUAAUAUAAAACAAUCACGUAUUGAUAAUUGUCUACGAGAUUUAAAUGAACUUCAAGAACAGAUUGAACAAUUACGUUAUGAUAUUGAUAUGCGUAGUAAAGAAUUACAACGUGUUCGAAAUGAAGCACAAAAAGAGAUUAAAAAUCGUGAAGAGAAAUUACGUAAUGAAAAUGAAGAAAAAAUUCGUGAUCUUUUACGUACACAUGAAAAUGAAGAAAAAAAAUUAUUAGAUGAAUUUGCUAAAGCACAUGAAUUACUUAAACUACAUAUUUCUGAACUUCAAUCAAAACUUGAUGAAGCUGAUGAACGAUAUCGUAAUCGUGAAUCACGAUCAGAAGAUUUAGAAUUAAUAACUACACUUCAACAAACAAUUUCUUCUUAUCAAGAACAAUUAAAAAAGAUUCAUGAUGAAAAGAAAUAUCUUAAAAUGGAAUUAGUCAAUCGAGAAACAAAUUUUAAUAAAGUUUUUACGAAUGCUCCGUCUUCCAAUGUCGGUGUAAUUAAUCCUUUAGCGUAUAAUACAAAAUUUGUUCCUCGUAAUUCUGAUGUAUCAGGAACAACUCGAAAAUCUCAAUCACCUCGUCCAUCGAAACUUGAACCAUUAGUAACCAAUGGUGAAAUUCCACAUGAUCUGGCAUUAAAUCCGAAUAAACCAUUAUUACCAAAACGUUUUAUUAAAUAA